CAUGUUAAACACAACUCCACCCUCAUUUCAGCAACUUGCCCACUUCCCGGCCACCGUUAAACGCUCGCAGGACGCCGGUCCACGAGACGGCGUCCUGGCAUCUGAGCUCUUGCAGUCGGACACUGAGCUGGACGUCUCUAGUCUGUCCAGUCUGGAGAUCUGUGUUCCACUGCCGCUCAACUCCAGGAGCCAGGACUGCCGACCAAACCGCACAAGAACCAGAGUAGGGGGCGGCUUGGCAGCUGACCGCAGUGCCUCAAGUCCUCACCAUCCCUCGAGUCCUCACUGUACCUCGAAUCCUCGCCGUCCCUCGAGUCCUCACCGUACCUUGAGUCCUCGCCGUCCCUCGAGUCCUCGCCGUACCAAAAGUCCUCACCGUCCCUCGAGUCCUCACCGUACCUUGAGUCCUCGCUGUACCGCGAGUCCUCGCCGUACCACGAGUCCUCACCGUACCUCCAGUCCUCGCAGUUCCUCAAGUACUCACCGUACCUCCAGACCCCGCUGUGCUUCAAGUCCUCUCAGUCCUACAAGUCCUUGUCGUGCCUCGAGGACUACAGGAAACCACUCUACCUCUGAUUGCUGCUUUGCUGCAACACGGAAACAGACACAGUCUGGCACCUGGACUCAGAGCGCUGCCCCUCCGAAGGGUAUCCUGAAACAGCCGACCUCACCGAUCGUGGAACACACCUAUGAUGUCAUCAAAGAGUCAAAAUCAGUGGAACUGUUGGACGAUGAACGAGGACGUUGCAGUGCUAACCUUCCAACUCGCUUGAUAGAGUGGGCGGAACAGCGGGCGUCGGCUUCGCAGCGCUCAUCCUUGUCGCCGUCGCCCGUGAGGACAGACUGGAACUGGAAGAUGCAGGUUCUGGAGGAAAAAGUCCGCUUCUCCAACUUUCUGGAUGAGAUCACCUGCCGGGUAAUGAGCCCUGCCCACCUCACUCUACUGGGCAGGUCACCCUCCAGAGAGGCAGGAAGCCCCACCCCUCAGCGCAGACAUUCUAGUCGCUGCCCCUCGCUCAGGAAGCAGCAGACGGACCGGGGUCAGCGCUGGGACGACUGGGAGGCGACGCUGCAGCGACCUGACGGAUGGUACCGGCUCCUGCAGGGGAAGGGGAUGGGGCAGCAGGGUGACAUUACAGAGGAGGUGGGGCCUAAAGAGGAGGUUUUGAGGUUUAAUCGAGGAGUAAAUAUGGAGAUUGAGGAGAACAGAUACCCCGCCUCCAAUCUGUCUUUGCUGAGCCACAUCAAGGAGGUUUUAUCAGACUCUGACAGGAUCAGAAUCCUCCAGCAGCAGAAUGAGGACCUGCGGCGCCGCCUCUCUCUCUCCACACACAAGAUGGAGGCCAUGGAGGCGGAGUUUGAUGGCAGCCGUCACUACAUGGAGGCGGAGCUCAGCCGCACCAGAGACGACCUGGACAAGAUGAGGGACAAGUUCCGCAGACUCCAGAACAGCUACACAGCGUCACAGAGAACAAACCAGGAUCUGGAGGAGAAACUUCACGCUCUGGCUGCCGUCAGCCAGACAUGGGUUCAUGCACUACGGAAGGUGGAGAGGGACAAAAAGACGAUGGACCUGGAGAUCGUGGAGCUCACCAACAAACUGCUCGACGCCAAGAACACCAUCGACCGCCUGGAGGAGCUCAACGAGCGUUACCGUCAGGACUGUAACUUGGCCGUUCAGCUGCUCAAAUGCAACAAGUCACAUUUCAGGAACCACAAGUUUGCUGAUCUGCCGUCUGAGCUUCAGGACAUGUUGAAUAAACACAUGAAGAGCAGCCUGCCAGAGGGAAGCCCCGCCCCCGGCGCUCAGGACCCGGACACACUCAGCCUGACUCCCGCUGACGUCGUGCCGACCUCCGUCAUCGCCCGCGUCCUGGAGAAACCCGAGCCGCUGCUCCUGAACUCCGCCCAGUCCAGCAGCUGUGGCCGGCCCAUUGCCGAAGACGUCUUUGUGCACGUGGACAUGACGGGCUCCGCCUCCUCCGCCGCCGGCGCUGUAGCUGAGCACUGGGAGAACGGUGGCUCUCAGGAGGUCUCGCAGCAGAACGGCUCGUGUCGCAGUCAGAGCAGCCUGGACACUCAGUUGGGCGGCGAGGAGGCGGUUGCCACACCGUCCUUUGAGAAGCUGAAUCCUUACCCGCCGCCGCCGCCGCCUCACCCGCUCUACCCCGGCCGCAAAGUCAUCGAGUUCUCGUCGGACGACAAAGUGAAGAUUCCCAAAAACUCACCGCUGCCCAACUGCACGUACGCCACGAGGCAGGCCAUCUCUCUGAGCCUCGUCCAGAACGACGACGAGCGCCCGCCGCCCGCCAGCCCUGUCCCCUCCUCGUCCUCGGGCAGAGGGUUCGCGAGCCACCAGCGCACGCCGCCGUCGCACCGGGGCCUCGCCAGUGAGCCACAGUCCAGCCAGUCCAGCCCCUUCAGCAGCCCACCACAGGCGCCCAGCGUGCUGGCAAGCUCCGGCAGCUCGGAGGAGGAUCUCCUGGCAAACUGGCAGCGGAUGUUUGUGGAGAAGAUGGCGCCGACGUGCGACGCUUCCCUGGUUCAUCGCACGUCGUUCAGCAGUCACGCGGCACAGGACCUGCAGAGGCGGAGACAGCCGGGGGGCGGGGACUCCUCCAAACACCACAGUGCGGCGUACUCGGACGGUGAGGAGGGGUCGUCUGCGAGGAGCUGGACGCCGAGCCGCGGCUCCAGCCUCGACACGGACACCGACACUGAGCCUCGGUCCGGCAGGAGGGGGCGCUAUGGCGGCAACAGCUCGGUGGAAGAGGGCGAGCGUCUGCUGAACCUGGAGGACGACUGUGGGAGCGAGGACACGGCCGUCACCAUGGCAACCAGCCCCGCCAACACCCGAGGGGAGGAGUUUGACGAGGAGGAGGAGAGCUCGGCCGAGGAGAGGGACGUCCUCCCCCACGACCUGCCCUCCAUCUCGCCCCGCCUCCUGGAGUUUGACCCCGCCCUGGCUGGCCCCGCCUCCUCUCAGCGGCCUCUGAAGAGUCCAAAGAGGAUGGGCGUGCACCACCUGCACCGCAAAGACAGCCUGACCCGCGCCCAGGUGCAAGGCACGCUGUUGGACUGACGCCCGUCUCCCCACCCACACUGUCUCCAUGGCAGCUGACCCACCCAUCAAGGGUCAGAGGCCACACCCAUCCAGGAAAUAGCCAUACUCUUCUACCGUAUGCUGCAGAGCUCGCCGUGUGUGUGUGUGUCUGUCUGUGCGUGUGCGUGUGUGUGUCUCUGUGUGU